CUCAUUGGGGGCAGGGUUAGAGGGAUCAGGUCAGCCCCCUUUUGGCCGCCGUACCGUAUGUCUCUUGCUGUCAGUCUGGCUGCCUUUGGACUGUAACUUCCAGCAACAAAAGUUAAAGAAGAUUUUUUUUAUUUAUUGGAUACAAGUUAAAACCCAGGGGAGUAGUCAUAAAAAUACAUGGAUUAGUGGUCUAUUUUUCCUCCUGUGAAGACUAUUUUUAGACUUGGUGUGAACUACAGCAAGGCACAAGGACUUUUUUUUGUUGCUGGAUUUGAGUUUUGCUUCACUCAAGAUUUUCUUUCUUCAGAUUUCUUUACACAUAAAAGUUAAACACAGGUUCCUAGGGUUACAAAGCUUUUUAGCAGUAAAGGGCUGAAGGUUGUGAAAGCUCGGAGCAAACUCAGAGGUCAAGAUUACUGUACCAAUGGGCAGCCAGACCAAAGACUCAGACUCCGCCCCCCAAAGCCCUCAGAGGACCUUCAUGGAGGACUUGAUUGUUACCUUCAGCUCCCCCAUGGCCUGGCUCCUCAUGAUCGCUCUCAUCAUCACAUGGGCCGGGGUCGCCAUCGUCCUCUUUGACCUCCUCGACUACACUACUCUGGCAGGUACAAGCAAGUAUACUUCAUACUGUGACGACCCAAAAUGUUUAUCGCCUGGUCUGCCCCCUCCCUCGUCCAUCGGAAAAAGAGGAAUGAAGGCUCGAGCUGCUCGUCCACUGAAAGCUGCAGUGGCGGCGGCAGCGGCGAGUGCGGUGGCAUCCGAGGAGAGCUCUGAUUGGCUGCAGAGUCUGUGGUCGCUGGUGGCCAGGCUGGUAGCUCCUGAAGAUGAGGAGGAAGGUAUUCACCAGCUAACUGACCCCUUCACAUCUUUUCACAGCGAGGAGCUCUGAGAGGGAAGAAAAAGAGAGGGAAGCGGAGAAAGAGAGAAGGAGAGAAGGAGAGAAGGAGAAGAGUGGACAAGGACAUAGGUGACAGGAGACAAAAGAAAUGAUGUACUGUAGUUUAUAUGACCGCUAUGUUUCUGUGUCUGUUUUGAAUAAAGAGCCAUUUUGAAAGCCAAUAGGACACUGUGAAAAAUCUAUGUAUGUAACUUUUGUUGAUUAAACUAUGUGAAAAUAAAAUAAAAAAUGGA